UUUGAAAUUAUUCAUUACAAAAUUGAUAUAUGUACUUUGUAAAAAUGAAGAAUUAUUUAAAUUGAGGUUUUCCAAAAAAGCUGUUGACUUAUAUGCACAUACAGAAGAGGGCGUACUGCAGUUGCCGCAUAUUUUCUUUGAUUACAAGAUCUCAUAACUUAGUGAGUACUGUUUUUCUUAAUAUGCCAGUUUCUACGAGGACAUUAGUGAAAAUCGCUGGUUGGGGUGGCCUAGUGCUUAGUGUAACGGGGUUUUAUCUCGACGGUAAACUUGUAGAUAGGUUUAGAAACUAUGACUAUUACAAGGAGGCUAUAAGGGAAAUAAGAAAUCAUCGCGGCGCUGUACAUUACCUCGGAGAGCCGAUUAAAGAUGGAAUAUCUAAAGUAGCCGAUAUAAAAUACACUAAUAAUGAGCCAGUAUCAGCCGAAUAUUGUAUACCAAUUCGUGGACCUAAAGGCAAAGGCGAUUACUAUUUUAGGAUUGUAAAAGAAGGCAAAAAUUGGGUUCUAGCAAAAGCAGAAUUAGAAUUAAAGUCAAAACCAGAUGAACGACUAGUAAUAUUAAAAGAGUCAUGA